AUGGCGCUUAAGAUCUCAUCGAAAAGAACAGAUUCCAAAUUUUUAGUGAAGUCACAUGAGGGGUUAGAAGAUUUCUCAAAGAAGGAAGAAUGGGAACAAACCCAUCGGAUUUCUUUGAUGAAUAACCAACUAAGCACUUUACCAGAAACACUAGAUUGUCGCAAUCUGUUAACAUUGUUGCUUCAAAGAAAUAAGUACUUGACUUCUAUUCCUGAGUUUUUCUUCAAAUCUAUGUGUCGUCUUCAAAUUCUAGAUCUCCAUGGCACUAACAUUGUAGUACUGCCUUCAUCCUUAUCCAACUUGAUUUACCUCAAAGGGCUCUAUUUAAAUUCCUGCUCUGAGUUGAAAGAAAUCCGAUCUAGUGUAGAAGCACUUGAGCAUCUUGAGGUGUUGGAUAUUCGAAAGACCAAACUUAAGUUACUUCAAAUUGGAAGUUUAGUAUGGUUGAAGUGUUUGCGAUUAUCAUUGUGUAAUUUUGAUGUGGCAAACUAUACUCAAGCACAAGUGUCAAGGUUUGAUUUGUUGGAGGAAUUGACUAUUGAUGUUGACUACCUUGGCUUAUUUGUUGAAGAAAGCCCUGUGUGGGAGGGUUCCUUGACAUUUCAUUUUGCUGUUGGUUACCAUGACUCCGCCAUUGCUCAUGUUCUUGAGUCUAUCGAUAAUCCAAGCUACAACAUCUUGAAGUUGGCCAAUGGUGAUGGUGUAAAUCCUAUAAUCAUGAAGGUGCUAACGAAAACCAAUGCAUUGGGACUAAUAGGCUACAAAGGAGUUUUGAGUUUAUCGGAUUUUGGCAUCAAGAAUAUGAAUAUGAUAUUUGAUUGUUUGAUUGAAGGAUGCAGUGGAAUUAAGACCAUCAUCUAUGGUAAUGGAACAUCAAAGGCUGUCCUAGAAUGGUUGAAAAAUUUGCACAUAACCAAUGUCCCAGAAUUGGAAAACAUUUGGCAGGGGCCUGUUCAUGUUGGAAGUUUGGCUCGAUUAACAACUGUGACAUUAAGUAAUUGCCCCAAGUUGAUGAAGAUAUUCACUAAUGCUAUGAUUCAACAACUUAUUCAACUGACGCACUUGAGAGUAGAAGAAUGCCAUCGAAUUGAAGAGAUUAUCAUGGAAUCCGAGAAUACACAACUAGAAAAUCAAGCACUUCCAAAGUUGGAGACCCUAGAACUCAUUCAUUUGCCACAACUAACAAGCAUAUGGGCUAAAGAUUCAUUAGAGUGGCCAUCUUUAUAA